AUGGCUAGCCGUUUUAAGAUUUUUAGAAAACCAAUACCACUUUUACCAGAAUCUGUUAUAAAAUUAGUUAAAGCUUCAUGUGCAUUGCAUAAUUGGUUGAGAAAAAAAUGUGGUAAGAGUAACUCAAUAUCGGUAGAUAUUGAAGAUCAUGAGACAGGCCGUAUCUUACCUGGAUCACGGAGAAAUGAACCAGGAUCUUUUGGACUUGUCAAUAUAGCAACAUCAAUUCAGAGAAAUUAUGUUAUUGAAGCUAGACAAAAACGAGAUAGAUUUGCAGAUCACUUUAUGGGUGAGGAGCUGUGA